AUGUUUGCGCGACUUCGAGUUGCCUUGUUUUUGAAGAUGGGUCAACAUAAACCUGCUAGCAUAUACACCAAAUCAGAGGGUUGCCAAGAAAAUCUUGAUCACACAACUGCAUAUUGUGCUGGUAAAAGGCCGUUCUCCAGAAUGUCGGAGCAAAAAGAAAAUGAGGAGACCGUGACUCCCACGACUUCAGAUAAGGCUUCGAAAGAAUCGGCUGCAGAGUAUGAACAGCAUUGUCUAUUGUUCCCCACUUAUGCUACGAGGCAUAGUUUAGAUGACAAGGCCGAGUUGACCGAUCAUUGGAAUAUUCGAAUUCGCGGUUGGGCAUUUUCUACACCAAAGACAAGCAGAACUCGCGCUCUAUUUCUUGGACUAACGCAACAUUUGGCUGAAAUCCAAAAGGCCGAUUUCCAAUCCCGCGCGUCCUUGUUUUGGGCGAGCAAUAUCGACCAUAAGGAGUUCACUGCCAGGGCCAUCGGUGUUACCGAUUCCAGAAAGAUGACCGCAGACGGUGAUCCUACUGAACCAUCAGUCGAACAGCUCGCCAAUGAACCAUCCGCCAAGGAAGCUAAAGAGGAUGUAAAAAAUAUAAUUGAUAAUGCUCAAAAGAAGCUUAUAAUAAAUCAUCCAGAAGAUGAAACCCCUAGCAUAAGGAUUAUGCCGGUUGAAGGAAAUUUCUCGGGACAUCUCCCGAUUCCACAUAAUACCGUUAAAAAAUGGUUGAAGGAAGACGACAAGACACCGUUUUUCAGCACAAUUAUUAAUACCCUAACCAAUAAGAAUACGAAGAAGAUCAGGAUGCUCAAGAUUGCAGCUUUUCAGGAUACGUCACCACAUCCGACUUAUGGUAUCGUGGACUUGGUGGAACCCGAAGGUUUUUCGGUAAUCUCGGAUAUCGAUGACACAAUCAAGGAUACCGAAAUACUUAGUAGCACAAGGACCAUACUUUCAAACACCUUUUUACAACCCUUCCGAGCAGUUGAUGGAAUGUCGGAACUUUAUCACGAAUGGUAUGAUAAAGAGGUGUCUUUCCACUAUGUAUCCAAUUCGCCGUGGCAAUUAUACCCCAUGCUUCGAUCUUUCUUCAACACCUACAAUUUCCCACCUGGUUCGGCUCAUCUUAAAUUCUACGAUGGAAUAGUUAAAAGCGUGAAGGAGCAGAAAGAACACCCAAUGGCUAGCAAAUUAAUGUAUAUUCACCAGUUACUCAAGGACUUUCCCUUGCGCAAAUUUAUCCUUGUUGGCGACACCGGUGAACUUGAUCCUGAGAUUUAUACAAAGAUCGCUCGGGAGAACGAGGGUCGAAUCCUUAGAAUCUUUGUCAGAGAUGUCUCUACACCUCAUUUGGAGGGCCUUCCGGCUCAACCCGCGCACCAUUCAUACGCGCAAACGUUCACAUCAACAUGCAAACACCUUCGUAACCAUUACGUGUCUUCCGAAGAAGUAGAGGGAUCCCCGAAAAAUGCCACCGCCACCGUCGAAGGAACGGCAUCUUCGGAAAGCGUCACCGCUGCUGUCGCAGAAACAAGUAGGGAGGUGGUCUCGGAAGCCAAGGAUUCCGCCGAAGAACAACAAAAGAAGGAUUCUUUAACCUCACGUCUCAUGAAUCAUUUUCACUCUGAAAUAUCAUAUCUUCACACCUCAUUAGGCUUACAAGAACAACCAGCCGAAAGGGAGGUAUUGAAGACACCGUUAGAACAAUUUCAUUUUAGAAUAGAAUCUUUGGGUCAAGGAUUACCGGAAGGGUUGUUCACCACCUUUACGGAUCCUAACGAAUUGAGAAAUGAUCCUGUGAUCAGGAAAGCUUUGAAAUAUAGUUGA